AGGGUGUAAUCCUCACUUGCUAAUGAACAACCAAGCGGGAUUUCAGAUGUAGAACCUCGACUUGAUCCCCCAACCUUUCAACUCAUCACAUUGGAGAACAAGCUGGCAAGAGUCAGGGGGGGGCAGUAAGGAAAUGAAGGAUUUUUGUUUAAGACCACAUCAACAUCAUUUCUAUUUCUUAAAGUUGAUGGAAGAAAAUAUAUGUUGGAUUCACCCCAGUUGGAUUUAAUUUAUAGACCUCAAUUUCUAAUUUGACCCCCGGCUUCAACAAGAGUAUACGGUGCAGCCAUGGACCUCGGCGGUUUGGAGACGGUAGUGGCAAACUCUGCCUACGUUUCAGCCCGUGGCAGUAUGGAUGGAGCAGCAUUAGCAUCCAUGCGUGACAAGAAGAUGCGUGCCAGGCUGAAGCUCCCACACAUCAGAGAUUGUGAACACAUGAAAACAUCUGUAGACGCAGCUUUUGACAGCAUGUGUGUCAAACAGCCCAUCGGAAAGCGCCUGUUCCUACAGCAUCUGGAGAGUGAUGCCACCCAUAAAAAUGCUGGAGAGCUGUGGAAGGACAUCGAAGACUACACCAUAUGCCAAGAGUCAGACAGAGUGCAGAAGGCCCAGAAAAUGGUCAAUAAAUACUACAAGUCAGCUUCAAAGAAUUUUUGCAGCUUCCUGGAGGAGAAGGCCAUCGCUCGGGUUGAUGAAGACUUCAAGAACGCCCGCGGGGACCUGUUCAAAGAGAGUGAGCAGCAGUUGCUGAAACACCUGGAGAAGAUGGCCACCGCAGGCUUCAAGGACAGCAUGUACUUCCUGCGUUAUGUCCAGUUCAAAUGGUUGGAGAGCCAGCCUUUUAAUGAAGAGUGGUUCUCAGACUUCAGGGUCCUGGGCAAAGGAGGUUUCGGGGAAGUGUUUGCUUGUCAGGCUAAGGCAACGGGCAAAAUGUACGCCAACAAGAAGUUGGAGAAGAAGAGGUUGAAGAAACGUAAGGGCUACCAGGGAGCAAUCGUGGAGAAGCGCAUCCUCGCAAAAGUUCACAGCCGCUUCAUCGUGUCGCUGGCUUACGCCUUCCAGACCAAGACUGACCUCUGUCUAGUCAUGACCAUCAUGAACGGUGGAGACCUCAGGUUUCACAUGUAUAAUGUGGACGAGAAGAAUCCUGGUUUUAAUGAGAAGAGAGCGUGUUUCUACACAGCUCAGAUCAUCUGUGGGGUGGAGCACCUUCACCAACACAGGAUCAUCUACAGAGACCUGAAGCCAGAGAACGUACUGCUGGAUGAUGCAGGACACGUCCGCCUGUCAGAUUUGGGACUUGCUGUUGAACUUCCACCAGGGAAAGACAAAACCAGUGGAUAUGCAGGAACGCCAGGUUUCAUGGCUCCAGAGCUGCUCCAGAAGAAGGAGUAUGACUACACGGUGGACUAUUUCACGCUGGGAGUCACCCUGUAUGAGAUGAUUGCCGCCAAAGGGCCCUUCAGAGUGCGAGGAGAGAAGGUUGAGAAUGAUGAGGUCGCUCGCAGGAUCUUGAACGAUCCAGUUUCAUACCCACCGGCCUUCAGCAAAGACUGCAAGGAUAUCUGUGAAGGCCUGAUGAACAAGGACCCUGAAAAACGCCUCGGGUUCAAAAAUAACGACUGUGAGGAGCUGAAAAACCAGCCUUUCUUCAAAGAUAUCAACUGGGGUCGCCUGGAAGGAGGUAUGCUACCGCCACCAUUUGUCCCUGAUCCUAAAAUGGUCUAUGCCAAAGACAUUGACGAUGUGGGCGCCUUCAGCUCGAUCAAAGGUGUGGUCCUGGAUAAGGAAGACACUGAUUUCUACAACGACUUUUCUUCCGGCAACGUCCCGAUCCCCUGGCAGGAGGAGAUGAUCGAGACCGGUGUGUUUGGGGAGAUGAAUAUCUGGGGAGAGAACGGCAAGCUGCCAAAUGACCUCGACCCAAACUUUGUAGAAGCCAAAGGAGGAGGAUGUGUGCUCCUUUGAGGUUGGAAAUAAAGCAGAGGGAAGAGAAUUUUAAACUAAACACAUUUUGAUUUAGUUUGUUCAGCUAAUUUGGUGCCACCUAAUCCUCACCUGUAACAUCUGCCAUUUGUACAAUAAUCAGUAACUGCUGUAAUCAUUUGUAUAUUUCCAUAUCAACAUUUAUAAUAUUAUGUAUCUUAUUGUUUCAUUUAGUGUUCAGACAACAUGCAAAUGUAAAUGGUUGCACUACCAAUGACUGAUCUUGAAUAUGUCUAUAUUUUCGUUUACACAAAUAAAAUAAAGUCUACAUUAUUUGUCUUUAUAGAAACUGCAUGCUAUGUUUAUAUAAAAUAAUAUAUUGACACCAAAUAAAAGCAAAGUGAUUGACAUUGUAACAUUUAUUCUUUAUCUAUGUAUUAUUUACCAUUUAUUAUUUAAGUUAUUACAAUGGCAGACAUUGUA